AAUAGAAAUAAAUAAAACGAAAAAAAGAAAUAAAUAAAAGAAUUCAAACACAUUUGUGUGCGUGUGUGUGUACGUAGUAGUGAAACCGUCUCAAGUAUUAAAAGUUCGUCCCUUGUCUGAAGUCCGUUCAUGUUAUACGUCUGUCCAUGGAGAACUCAAAUUUAAAUCCUUUAAUAUCACCCUCCAACAACAACGCUACGGCGACGGCGACCAUAACCAACAACACCACCACUGCCAUCAUCACCGAUACCAAUUUCAAUAGCAAUCACACCACUACAUCCUCGUCGAGAACCAUCAGGACCACCAGCAAUGGCAUUGAAACAACCUCCACAAUAUUCAAUAGCCAUCAUCAACAUCAGGUGGAAGAAGAGACGCUAACAAAGAUCACCUCCGUUGGUGAGUCCUCCAUCACCACCACCACCACCUCCAAUGGCAAUGCAGCAGCAUCAGAAUCCCAUAGUUUUCCCAACAAGGAGCCGGAAGAGCAUUCGCAUAGUUCCAGUUCCAACAAAAAUCCCCCGAAUAUAUCAUUCAGCGAGAAUUCAAGCUCAUUGGUACGAUGUUUGCCGAACGAAAGAGCGACGUUUUUUGUGAAAAUCGAUGCCGAUGAAAAUGAGGUGGAUAUUUUGCCGCUACAAUUUGAGUGGAGUCGUGGCGAACUACCCAUCUACAAUUCCGAUCGUUUUCGUAUCACACAGACCAGCAAUGCUGUCCAGCUGGCCGUUGAACAUGUCCAACGGGAGGAUGCUGGCCACUACACCCUCAUUGCGCGCACAAAGGCCAACGAUGUUAUACGAAAGAAUAUCGAACUGAUUGUCGAGGAUCGUUCAGCGGGCGAAGAUCCACCAGUAUUUGCCAGACGUUUAAUGGAUUUAUCGGUUAAAGUUGGUACACGAACCAGAUUUCUAUUGGAGAUACGAAGUUCGACAGAGGUUAAGCUAACCUGGUAUCGCAACGAUCGUCGAAUAUGCGAAAAUGAUCGCAUCAAACAGGUGCAAGAGGGCACCUACUACUGGCUGGAAGUGAGUCCGGUCAUUCUAGAGGAUGGCGGCCAAUGGAUGGUUAUGGCUGAGAAUUUAAGUGGACGUAAUUCAUGCAUUUGUCAUUUGAAUGUUAUGGUACCGAAGGCCUACAAGGCCCCUGAAUUCGUUGAAGAACUGAAGGCAGUUCUAACCGAGCAGGGUACCGUAUCGCUGGAGUGUAAAGUUGUGGGUGUACCCACACCACAAUUGCGUUGGUUCAAAGAUUCCAAAGAGAUUAAGGCAGGCGACAUAUUUGCCUUGACGGCCAAUGCAAAUGAUCCCACAUCGUUGGGUACCUAUACGUGUGAGGCUGUCAAUUGUAUGGGUAAGACCUAUUCCAGCUCCAAGGUACAUGUGGUGGGCCGUGGCAGUCGUGAGGGUUCUUUGAAACCGGCAGAUAACAUGACAAAUGGUGCUCCCCCGCCAAUAUUUACAAAUGAACUGAAAAAUGCCAGCGUUCGUAUUGGUGACAGUAUCGUGCUCGGAUGCCAAGUGGCUGUGCCACCAUGGCCCAAGAGCGUGGCCUGGUACAACAAAAAUGGCCGUGUCGAUGUUGGUGAGCGUUACAGACAUGUUGAGGACGGUUUGGGUGUUUACAUGAUCGAAAUCAAUCCCUCGGAGGCCUGCGAUGAGGGCGACUGGAAAUGCGUGGUGACCAACAAUGAAGGAUGUGUUGGCAUUUCAUCGUGUGUGGUAAAUAUGGAGAUACCCAAAAAUUAUCGCAAGCCUCGUUUUAUGGAGAGUUUACGAGCCAUCCUCACCGAAGAGGGUCUGGUGUCAUUCGAAUGUAAGGUGGUUGGUUUUCCAACACCAGUCCUUAAAUGGUUCAAGGAUGGCCAGGAAUUGAAACCCGGCGAUGUUUAUCAGCUGACCGGAACCAAUUCUCUGGGCACCUACUGCUGUGUGGCCAAGAACUGUAUGGGUGAGAGCAGCAGUGUUGCCGUCCUCACCAUCGAGGACAUACAGAAUCAGCUAAAGGAAGAGGAUCGCAUUUUGAUUGGAGCCAACAAUCAACCACCGAAAUUUCUAAUUGGUCUCAAGACCCAAGAGACGAAAAUCAACGAACCCUUCCAGUUUAUGGUGAAAUUGGAAGCCAAGCCGGAACCAUUGUUGUCGUGGUUCCGCGACGAAAUACCCAUUGAGAUAUGUGAAUAUUACAACUAUUAUCGCGGCGAGGAGGAUAAUUGGUAUUUGGACAUUGCCAAUGUGGAGUUCUUAGAUCAGGCUGAGUGGAAGUGUGUGGCGGUAAAUGAGUUCGGAACGAGUGUGACUUCGUGUUUUUUGAAAUUACAAAUUCCGCGACACUACAAGAAACCGAGAUUUUUGGAGAGUUUGAGGGCAGUGUUGACGGAGGAGGGCGCGGUGAAUUUGGAGUGCAAGGUAAUUGGUGUACCGCAGCCGGUGUUGAAGUGGUACAAAGAUGGUGUGGAGCUGAAGCCGGGGGAUAUCCACAAAAUCAUAUCGGGACAGGAUGGCACCUGUUGUCUGGGUACCUACACCUGUGAGGCCCGCAAUUGUAUGGGCGUGGUGGCCAGUUCCGCCUCCCUGCUGGGCUUUGAGGAUGCCCACACUAAACAAGAGUUGGAGAAACAAAAUGAGUUGCAAAGGAAUUUCUCUCUGUCCACCAUUCAGGAGGAACGUACCUCCCAGUUAUAUGAGACGCCUCAAGGCACCGAGGUCUCCUUCUCCUUCGAUGGCAAAGAGGUUUCGGUGUCAUUGUAUGAAACACCCGAUUUGACCGAGGAUGAGGCCAUUAAAAUUGUGGAAAUGUAUGCCGAUCAAAUAUCCGAACAUGUCACCGAACACAAUGUGGUGGAAUUGCCACCGCUGAGAUUUGUCAAGGAAACCUCCCAGUCCGGAAAACUCCUCAUGGAGGCAAUGGUCAUUGACAUAUCGCCCGAGUACUUCUCCCACGAUGAAGAUUUACGCACCGAGGCGGGCAUGGAUGAUAUUUCGUUAAAUGAAAUAACCAUCCAUGGCUCCUCGGUGAAGGAUGAAAAGGAGUUGGAACAAAGGAACAAGGAGUUGGACGAUUUGAAAAUGGUCGUGGAGGAGGAGGGAGAGGUGACAGAUGGUGUGACGGCUCCCUCACGUAAACGCAGGAAAUCGAAAAUUAAAAAUGGCGAGGAAUUUUGUAGUCCCGAGAAGACCAUUAGCAGUUUGGAGGAGGUGGACUCCUCGGAGUUGCAAACCUUUGCCAGUGCUGUCCAGUCCCCUGUGGAUUCUUCUUUCUAUCAAUCAAUGGAUGAGGGAGCAGCAGGAUCGGGCCAGCAAGCACCCCCUGCCGCUAAAAAGGGUAAAAAAGACACCGGCAGUGAGACCACAGAUACUGAGGGAGCUGCCUUCCAAGAUCUGUCGGGAGCAGAGGGAGAUGGCCUUAUAAUAACCCCAGCGAAACAUCCCAAAAAGCAAGUCCUAAGUGCCGAGGAAAUUGAGAGAAACCUCAAAUCCCUUUUACCCCUGGCCAAGAUGUUGAAGAUUUUAGAUGGCCACUUGAAUGCUGUCGAGUCCGAGGUCAUUGCCCAGUCGGUAAUGUUGAUGGCACCCUCUUCGGCCGACCAGUCUAUUGCCAUUAUUAAGAAUGUCAUUGAACCCAUUGGCCAAAUACAAUCGAAGCUAAAGGUCUACUCGGGUGAUACCCCCCUGGACAUGCUGUUCGAAACCAUGAAGGAUGACGUGCGCAAUCUCCAUGUGGCCCUGCAGGUCAUUGAGAAAUGUGUGGAAAUCGAUGAGACCGGCACGACAUUGAUCCAGAGGACCAGUGUCUGUAUCAUUGACAGUAUUGCCGAUCACAUGAUCAAGGCCCUGCAGGAGGUGAAGGCCGUUUCCAAACUCUUUGAGAAUGAACAUUUGCGCAGCCAUUUGGAAAUGACGGUGGACGAUAUACGUCAGGGUCUGGAAAUUACCAAGGAUACCAUUAAAUCCCAGGCCUUGCUGCAGGAGGCCCAGGAGCUGGAGGCCAGCAAGCAUUUCACCGAGACCGUGGCCAAAUUGCAAGACGUUCCCGAACCGGUGCCUUUCGAAAAAGUCAGCGAUGCCCGGCUACCCAAGGAUGCUGCCUUUGUGGCCAUGAUCUGUGAGCCGGUGAUGCGCAUCCAAGAGGCCUUGGAGCGGGUGGAAAAUGAACUGACCCUGGAGGAGAGUGAUGAAGAUAUUUAUCUCAAGGUCCAUGAGAAAAUCAUUGGCAAUUUUGUACAACCCUUUGCCGAUCUGCAAAAGGUGGUGGCAAAAAUCGAGACUCGGGCCAAUAGCUUGGCCGGAUCGAAUAGCAUGGAAUACAAGAUUAAUAUGGCCAUAUUGGAUAUUGUCUCGCCACCUUUGUUUGAGUUGAAAAAAGGUUUGGAAAUAAUACAGGCCCAGCCCUCGCAUAAUAUAGAGGCGGGAAAAUUGACCGUUUCCACAGUGGAGUCUAUGGUGCCGCCGCUACAGGAAAUGCAAAAUGGCUUGGCCCAACUUAGCCAGGAUAUUAUGGCCGGGCAUUUGGCUGAGGAGGCCUUUAUGGACACCGAUGACAUGAAGAAGUUACUGCAGUCCCUGGCCCAGGCCGUGUUGCAUUUGGAGACGAAUAUUGAGAAUAUCAAUCAACGUCUGCCGGAGAAUGUCAGCUCCAGUUUGUCGCGACUCAAGGAGGAAAUAUCCUCGCUCAUAAGCCAGGUCAUAGAUAAGGAAAUCGACAAAUAUCAUCUAACCGUUUUGGAGAACAUCAAGCGGCCCAUUGAUGAGCUGAACUAUUGUAUCCGGCAAAUAGAGCAAAAGGCCAUUUCUGGAUCCCUUACCGAUCUGGUUGAUCCUUUGCAUAGCCUCAACGAUAAAAUCAAAGUCAGCCAGGGCAUUUUGGACCUUUCCCCCCUAAAACAGAACGAAGAUGUGGCCGAGACCCUGUUCAAAAUCAGGGAUCUCAUAAAACGCAUUGAAAUUGGCAUUGAAGAGGCCGAGUUCAAAUCCCUGCAAAAGGAAAUCGAAUUGGAUGAACAACAGGCCGCCAAGGAGCAAAAUCUCUUUGCGGCAAUGCGCCAAGAAAUGGAAUUGAAAAUCGAUUUGAGUGAGGGCAUUAAGGAGCUGCAGAGCCUUAUGGAAAACAUUGGUAUGUUACAGGAAAUGAAAUAUUUGGAUCACAAACUUGAGUCCAGCUUGGUGGACCUAAAGUCACCCCUGCAAAGAAUGUCGGAUGAGUUCAAACACCAAGAGAUCCAGGGAGUUGACAUCAAAUCGCUCAUGGCCUCGGUGAGGGCCUUAAAGGUUAUAUCACCACACAUUGCCAAGCUGAAUAUGUCCCUGGAAAAAUUAGGCGGCAUGCGCAGCCGCGAGGAGUUCCAUAAAUUCUUCAGCAAAAAUUGCCACAACCACUUCGAGGAACUGAAAAUGGCCAUAGAUCAAAUGGAAUACUUUGAUGAGUCGACGGGCAUUAAUCUGCCCAUAUCCGUGGCAGAUACCUUUGACAAGACCCUGGUGGCCUUGGAGAAUUUGAUUUCCAAAUGUUUGACCCGGAUCCAUGACACCGAGGAGCUGUUGACCACUUUGGAGGAAAUUUCUCCCAUGCACACCACCAUUGAGUCCCUGCCAUCGGAUUAUGUCACGCCCGGUCCCCUGCAGGCCUUCGAAGAGAAACGGGCUCAGGUGGAUCAAUUGCUGGGCCAGCUGAAACAGAGUAUUGCCUCGGUAUUGGGUCAUUGCCAGGAACUGGAUUCCUCUGGCUCGGUGCGUGAAGAAUCCCAGGAGAAAUUGAAAAAAGCCCAAGAGAAGAUUCACAUGUUCCAAGAAACGCUGGAACGCAGCCUACAAUCUCCGGCAUUCGAUAAGGCCCAAACCUUGUCGGAGGUAUCCCAGGCCAAUUCCAUUGCAGAGGCAAUUACCAAUUUGGAGUAUUGUGCCCUUCAGAUACAGGAAUUUGUGCAAUAUCAGGAUGUCCAGUCGCUCAAGGAAGAGGAAGUAUUCCAAUUGAAAGCCAUGGCCAAGCCGUUAAAGGAAAUUGUGGAAGCUGUUCGUGGAUUCUACAAUCAAGAAUUGGAACAGGCCGAAUCAAUGGCCACUUUGUCACAGGCUUCACAAUUAUCCUGCUCCGAGUUGUUGAGAAGCAUAACUCCCUACCUGGUGGCGGUGCAGGAACAACAAGCCCUGGAGACUUUGGAAAGUCUUAGCGAAAGAUCCACUCCUCUUCAGCAACUCAUUAAACCGCUACGAGAAUUGGAAAAAUCUCUCAUCUGCUGCGAAGAACAAAUUUUACUCUCACACACUUCUUCCCUCUCUGAACAACAAUCCAUGGAGCAAUUGAAAGUCGUUGCCAAACCUUUGCUUCUGCUCAAGGAAGCCAUUGUUAUGGUCAAGCAGGAACACAGUUUCCAAUCCCUGCAACAAUGUCCUGACUUGCAAUUGCUCCAGGAGGAGCAACAAUGUGCAACCCUCUUUAAUCUCUUGAAAUACUGUGAGAGUUUGGAUACCCAAAUUCUGGAAAAUAUUGACGAAUUAUCCUCCCUGGACUUGUCGGAAAUGAAAUCGAUGGCAGAAAUGCGUUCCGUAACGCCCAUGACUCCAGCUGGGCCAGCAGUGAUCUCGCAUCAGGUGGAGGUGAAAACUUUCGAUCUCAAAGACUGUGUGGCUGGCGGCAUUAAACAGCUGGAGGAAUGCCUGGAAUCAACCAAGAAAUUGACCACCAUUGAGGUUACCGAAAUUGAGUCCAUAAUGCAGGAUCUCAAAUCAGAUUUACAGGAUAUGCAAAAACAGCUGCUGCUCACCCCUUCAGAUCUGCAACAGAAGGAGCAACAGGUGGCCAAGACAAUGUUUAAACUCAAGGAAUGUUUGGUCCACACCUAUGAAGCUUCCGGUCUAGAUGUAGGGCUGGAAGAAAUUGAAAAGACCUUUGAAGAUCUGCUACAAGCCAUGCCCAGCCUGGAACAUCAAUUGGCCUUGGAGAUGAAGGAGAAAAUCAAAUUUGCCCUUUCCGAAUUCGUUGUCCAGUGUUUGCAGCAUCCAGAGGGUGGCAUUGAUCAAUUGGUGCCAGUCUUCCGGAAUCUGCUGGAGACACUUGAAAUUAUUACAAAAUCCCAAAAGGUGGAAAUCGAACCAAGUUCCAGUGUCAUUGUCCAGCUGCAAACCCAACUCAUGGCCGCCUUUAAUACCCUCAAUGACCUCAGCGAAGUAAGCAGAGAUGUGACCAUGAGAGGGCAACUCAAGGAGUCAGUCAAAACCCUGCUCUAUAUUUACGAUUUCAUUGAGAACAAUGAGGGUAAUAUGCGAAUCAUUGAGCUGCUGCAGGAAAUUGAUGCUCUAAGUCCCCAGCUAAAGGAUAUUUCCCGUCACCUUAUGACCCAACCCGCUGCCGUAGAUGAGGCUGAAAUGCAGCUACUGCUUCAACAGGUCAAUGAGACCCAGACAUUCCUGACCCAAAUUCAAGAGGGUUUGGUCAACAAUAAUCCUUUAGUACAGAAAUUCCUGGAGCUACAUCAACCCAUGGUAGGUCAAUUGAAGAAUACCCUGAUACAAGUUCAGCAGAAACUUCAGGAACCCCAGAAAGUAGAGGUACAAAAACUUCCCGAGGUCCAGGUUAUGAAGGCUUUGCUGCAAGACCUGCAAAAGGAUAUGGCCGAAAUCCAACAGGUCGAGGGUAAACAGCUCAAGGCAGAGGCCGAACUUUUAUUGGCCGAGGUCCAAGAAGGUUUGGUAGAAAAUAAUCCCAUGGUUGUACAAUUCAUGGAACAAUAUCAGAGCCAGCUUACCCUGCUGAAGGACACCUUGACGGAGGUGAAAAAAGAGCUCGAAGGACCAAAGGCCCUGGAACUCCAACAAUUGAAAUUUGUGCCUUUGAUGGCGCAAAUUUUAGAAGAGCUCAAGGGUAAUUUGGAAAAGAUGGAAAUAAUGGAAACCAAGGAGCCCCAAAAGCCAAUCGUACAGGAACUCGAAACAGCUCCUCAAAAGGCCAAGAUCCUGGAGCUGAAGGAAGAGGCUCAACUAUUUUUAAGCGAAAUGCAAGAAGGUUUGGUUGAAAACAAACCGGUGGCCUUGAAAUUUAUGGAACAAAACCAAACGCAAGUGGGUCAACUCAUGGAUGCCCUGAAACUGGUGGAAAAGGAACUCGAAGGACCAAAAUCCGCCGAAACGCAAGAAUUAAAAUCUGUGCCCAUGAUGGCAGGUCUCUUGCAAGAACUCAAGGGAAAUUUGGAGAAAUUGCAGGUUCAAGAAGUUACCAUGGAAUCAAAGGCUCAAAAAUUGGAGAGCCAAGAGGCAAAGGUAGCCCCUCAAAGGGCUCAACUUAUGGAACUGAAAGAAGAAGCCCAACUCUUCCUCGUGGAAAUGCAGGAGGGUUUGGUGGAAAAUCAGCCUCUGGCCCUGAAAUUCAUGGAACAAAACCAAAAGCAAGUUGGCAAACUGAAGGAGGCCUUAAAUGUGGUUGAGCAGGAGCUCGAAGGACCAAAAUCAUUGGAAGUCAAGGAACUAAAUUCCCUUCCCAUGGUGGCCGGUCUCCUGCAGGAACUCAAGGGAAAUUUGGAAAAAUUACAAGUCCAAGAAGUUGCCAUGAAGUCUGAGGCUCAAAAAUUGGAAACCAAAGAAACAGAUUUGGCGCCUCAACGGGCCCAACUUUCGGAAUUGAAGGAAGAAGCCCAACUCUUUCUCAUGGAAAUGCAGGAGGGUUUGGUGGAAAGCCAACCCUUGGCCCUUAAAUUCAUGGAACAAAAUCAAAAGCAGGUCGGCCAACUGAAGGAGGCCUUAAAUGUGGUGGAGCAAGAGCUCGAAGGACCAAAAUCAUUGGAUGUUAAGGAAUUGAAAUCCCUACCUUUGGUGGCCGGCCUCCUGCAGGAACUCAAGGGAAAUUUGGAGAAAUUGCAAAUUCAAGAAGUUACCGUAGAUGCUAAGGCCCAAAAAUUGGAAACCAAAGAAGCAGGUUUGGCCCCCCAACGGGCUCAACUUAUGGAACUGAAAGAACAGGCCCAUCUCUUCCUCAUGGAAAUGCAGGAGGGUUUGGUGGAAAAUCAGCCCUUGGCCCUGAAAUUCAUGGAACAAAACCAAACGCAAGUUGGCAAACUGAAAGAAGUCUUAAAUGUGGUAGAGCAGGAACUCGAAGGACCAAAAUCUUUGGAGGUCCAAGAACUGAAAUCCCUGCCCAUGAUGGCUGAAAUUCUACAAAAUCUCAAAGGAAAUUUGGAGAAACUGCAAAUCGAAGAAGUUCAGAUGGCAGAGGCGCCAGCUCAACAACCCCAAACAGAAGUGGUGGCCCAAAAACCACGUAUCGUUGAACUCAAAGAAGAGGCCCAACUUUUCCUGGCCGAAAUGGAAGAGGGCAUUGUGGAGAACAAUGCCUUGGCCAUUAAAUUCAUGAGACAGAAUCAAAGUCAGGUGGCAAAGCUGAAGAAGACCCUAAAUCUCAUAGAACAAGGGCUCGAAGGACCAAAAGUUGCGGUGGUACAACAGUUCCAACACAUACCGCUGAUGGCGGAAUUACUGGAAGGUUUGAAGGGUAAUUUGGAAAAAUUACAGCUUACCGAAGGUAUACUGGAAAGCCAGGCCAAGAAGCCCCAGGCCAAAGAUGUAAAAAUCGAGGAACCACAAAAGGCCGAAAUUGCCGAGGUCAAAGAGGAAACCAAACAAUUUUUGUCCGAAAUGCAGGAGGGUCUCGUGGAAAAGAAUGUUGUUGCCUUGAAGUUCAUGAAUCAAAACAAGGCCAUGGUGGGCAAAUUAAUGGAAAUUCUGAACGUGGUGGAACAUGAAAUGCAGGCCCCACAGCUCCCCAAAGAACUGCAAUUCGAACAUUUCCCUCUCAUGGCAGAACUUUUGACCAGUCUCAAGGAUAAUUUGGAAAAACUACAGCUAACUGAGGAAAGAUUUGAGGCCAAGGCGCAAAAGGCCGUGGCCCAGGAACGUCAAGCCUUGUUGCACAAGGCCCAAAUAUCCGAAAUUAAGGAGGAGGCCCAACUUUUCCUCGAAGAAAUGCAGGAGGGUUUAAUGGAAAAUAAUCCUAUUGCCAUACAAUUUAUGGAGCUGAAUAAGUCCAAGGUGGCUUUGUUAAAGGAAACCUUGGUCCUGGUUGAACAUGAGCUCGAGGGAGCAAAAAGCAUGCAGGUUCAUGAUUUGAAACACUCUCCGCUGAUGGCAGAACUUUUGCAAAAUCUCAAGGAGAAUUUGGAAAAAUUGCAAAUUAUGGAAGUGGAACAGAAACCAGAGGCCCAACAAACUGUGGAACAGGACCUGGCGGAGACCAAGCUGCAGAAGGGAGAAAUUAGUGAAACUCCAAAGGAAACCGAAGAACAAAAACCCACUGAAAAAGAAGUUAAAAUUAUUGCCGAAAAGGCCGACAUCUCAGAGGCCAAGAAGAAGGAAGAAAAACCUAAACCUAUCAAGGAAGCCUAUCUCGAGGAGGUUUUACAAACCAUUCUUCUGUCUUUGGACCACAUAACCCUGAUUAAAAAGUCUCAACUGAACCAGGCCCAGCAAGAAGUAGUGCGAUCCAUUGCCGACAAUCUCAAAGAGCUACAAAUGGCCAUAGAAGAGGAGAGCGCCACACGCAUUGAGGAUCGCCUGUUCUUGACUCUGUUCAAGACAAAGGAACUGCUGAAAUGCUCAGUGCUGCGGCAGGACAAAUCCCCAGAAUCUGCGGAGUUAUUAAAGAACUUCAACAAGGUCUUUAUACUCAUCCUCAAUGGCAAUGAUCAGUUGAGGAAGUCCAUACUGUACGACCUCAAGGAAAAUAUUUCCUCCUCUGCCCAAGAAAUUAUAACUGUGGCGGAACAACAAACCACAGGGGCGUCGGGAAAAUUGGGAAAACUAUGUCAAACCCUGCAAAGUCUUAAAAUCCAGUUGGAUGAUAUCCAUCAAAACAAUCGCGGAAACAUGAAACUGAACAGUGAACAUUUCCAAAAACUGCAAGAAUAUGUCCAACAAAUCGUACAACUAACCGAGGGUUGUCCUGACGUGGAUAGGCAGCCCCUUACUACGUUGGCAGAUAAAUUGAAGCGUCAAGAAAUCCAAGAAGCCUUGGAAAUCCUACAAGAAUUGGAUAGUAUGCAAGGCAUGUUCAAACAAAUCGUACAACUUAUCGUAGAUAAUAAAUUCCCGCAAAAAUCUUUGGAGUCCAGUGUGGAAAUGGCCAUGGAAAAGCUAUCCACUGCCGGAGAGGAGUCCCAACAAAUCAAGACGGACUUGCAAGAGGCCCUAGAAUCCCAAAAUCAGGAGGAAAAACGCAAAUGUAUUUUUAAACUGCGCGAACACAUUGUCCACACUUAUGACGGCUCAUUCCGGGAAGAAUUGGAAAAUGUUGUCGACUCUUUGUUAGAAGGUAACACCGAACUUAUUGAAGAAUUCAACGCAGAAUCCCUACAAAAAGUUGAGGAACUUUUGAAUUGUCUCAAAGAGAAGGUGGAAUUGGUACCCUCAGAAACAUGGAAACCCAAGCUGGAGGGUCUCAACUCAAAACUCUCAAAUCUGCAGAAGGUGAGUGAAACCCUCAAGGUCUCCAAAGAUGUGGACAAAUCCACGGUUAGCAUGAUUGAAUUGCAAAAGAAUCUUAUGGAUAUCUUCGUAAUGUUUGAUGAUAUGUUGGAGCUCAAAAAUCGUCAGGUGGAACCCCAUUUGGAGGAGGUGAAAUCCCUGGCCCUAAAACAAUAUGAUGAGAUUGAAAAGUCCACGGAAAAUGUAAGAACUCUUAGGGUUUAUGAGGACAUUUUGAAAUUGGGAAAAGCCAUGGAACAGGUAUUGGAAAUGGUAUCCAGUUUAGCGGCUCUAAAAGCUGAACUAUUGGAAGAAUCUCAAAUGGAGGCCAUUGCCAAGAAGGCAGACGAGAAGGAGGUGAAAUCCGAGCCAGCUAAGGCUGAGGUAUCAGAGGUGACGGCACAAAAGGUAGAGGAAAAGAAACUUGAAACUGAGAGCCAGAAACUGGAGGAGAAGGAAGUUAAGGCACCUGAGGCAAAGGCUGAGGUAUCUGAAGUUAAAUCCGAAAAGGUUGAGGAAAAGAAGGUGGAAGCUGAAGCCAAAAAACCCGAAGAGAAGGAUGUCAAGUCUGCUGCAGCUAAGGCUGAGGUAUCCGAGGUUAAACCCGAAAGGGCAGAAGAAAAGAAGGUUGAAGCUGAAGCUAAAAAACCAGAAGAGAAAGAUGUCAAGUCUGCUGCAGCUAAGGCUGAGGUGUCGGAGGUUAAGCCCGAAAAGGCAGAGGAGAAGAUGGUUGAAUCUGAACCUAAGAAACCCGAGGAGAAGGAUGUCAAAUCUACCGCAGCUAAGGCUGAGGUGUCGGAGGUUAAGCUCGAAAAGGCAGAGGAGAAGAAGGUGGAAGCUGAUGCCAAGAAACCAGAAGAGAAGGAUGACAAAUCUGCUGCAGCUAAGGCUGAGGUGUCGGAGGUUAAGCCCGAAAAGGCAGAGGAAAAGAAGGUAGAAGUUGAAACAAAGAAACCAGAAGAGAAGGAGGUCAAGUCUGAUGCAGCUAAGGCUGAGGUAUCCGAAGUUAAACUCGAAAAGGUCGAGGAAAAGAAGAUGGAAGCUGAAGCCAAGAAACCAGAAGAGAAGGACGUCAAAUCUGCCGCAGCUAAAGCUCAAGUAUCCGAGGUUAAACCUGAAAAGGUUGAAGAGAAGAAUCUGGAAACUGAACCUAAGAAGCCCGAGGAGAAGGAUGUCAAAUCUACCGCAGCUAAGGCUGACGUAUCCGAAGUUAAGCCCGAAAAGGUCGAGGAAAAGAAGGUGGAAGCUGAAGCCAAGAAACCAGAAGAGAAGGAUGUCAAAUCCGCUGCAGCUAAGGCUGAGGUGUCGGAGGUUAAGCCCGAAAAGGCAGAGGAAAAGAAGGUAGAAGUUGAAACUAAGAAACCAGAAGAGAAGGACGUCAAGUCUGAUGCAGCUAAGGCUGAAGUGUCCGAAGUUAAACUCGAAAAGGUCGAGGAAAAGAAGAUGGAAGCUGAAGCUAAGAAACCAGAAGAGAAGGACAUCAAAUCUCCCACAGCUAAGGCAGAAGUAUCCGAGGUUAAAUCCGAAAAGGUUGAGGAAAAGAAGGUGGAAGCUGAAGCCAAGAAACCAGAAGAGAAGGACGUCAAAUCUGCUGCAGCUAAGGCUGAGGUGUCCGAGGUUAAACCCGAGAAGGCAGAGGAGAAGAAGGUGGAUACUGAACUUAAGAAGCCCGAGGAGAAUGACGUCAAAUCUACCGCAGCUAAGGCUGAGGUAUCCGAAGUUAAGGCCGAAAAGGCAGAGGAGAAGAAGGUGGAAGCUGAAGCCAAGAAACCAGAAGAGAAGGACGUCAAAUCUGCCGCAGCCAAGGCUGAGGUAUCCGAAGUUAAACCCGAAAAGGCAGAGGAGAAGAAGGUGGAUACUGAACCUAAGAAGCCCGAAGAGAAGGACGUCAAAUCUGCCGCAGCUAAGGCUGAGGUAUCCGAAGUUAAACCCGAAAAGGUCGAGGACAAGAAGAUGGAAACUGAAGCCAAGAAACCAGAAGAGAAGGACAUCAAAUCUGCUGCAGCUAAGGCUGAGGUGUCGGAGGUUAAGCCCGAAAAGGUCGAGGAAAAGAAGGUUGAAGCUGAACCAAAGAAACCCGAGGAGAAGGAUGUCAAGACUACCGCCGCCAAGGCUGAAGUAUCCGAAGUUAAACCCGAAAAGGUCGAGGAUAAGAAGAUGGAAGCUGAAGCCAAGAAACCAGAAGAGAAGGACGUCAAAUCUGCUGCAGCUAAGGCUGAGGUAUCCGACGUUAAACCCGAAAAGGUCGAGGAAAAGAAGAUGGAAGCUGAACCAAAGAAACCCGAGGAGAAGGGUGUCAAGACUGCCGCCGCCAAGGCUGAAGUAUCCGAAGCUGAAGUUACCGUGGAAAGUUGCAUUGAAAAAGCCCUCCAUACCAUACCCGACACCAAGGAGUGCCGUGAACUCAGAAAUGCUCUGGAAGAAGCCUUACAAUCCACAACGGAAGAACAAAAACGAAAAUCGAUUUUCCGAUUACGCGAAACAAUCGUCCACACCUACGAUGGACGGUUCGCCAGCGAAGUUGAUAGUGUCAUCGAUGCUUUGCUUGAAAAUAAUCCCGAUCUCAUUGAAUCGGUUAAUCGCGAACAUUUGCAAAAUAUUGAGAGCUGUAUUAAAUCGCUUAAAUUACGAGUUGAUUCGAUACUCAUUAAGCCAUGGCAAACGGAAUUCGAGGGUCUCAAUUCAAAACUAAGUGCCAUUCAAAAUGUAGCCGCCGCCCUGAGACCCACGAAGGAUGUACACAAGUCCUCGGUGAAUAUGGUGGAGUUGCAAAAGAAUCUUAUGGAUAUCUUUGUAAUGUUUGACGAUAUGUUGGCCAUAAAACCGAAUGCAAUGGAAGCGGAACUUGAACAGGUGAAAAAGCUGGCCCUGGGCCAAUAUGAUGCUGUAGAAAAUGCCAAAGAUAAUCUGCGAACUUUACAUGUCUAUGAGGAUAUUAUGAAGUUAUGUAAAUCCAUGGAGAAGGUUGUGAGAACAAUUUUGGAUAUGGCGCCCAACGUGGCAGAGGAUGUUCCAUUGGAGACCUUGAAGAGCGAUGAAGCCAAGGAAGAAAAGAAAAUCGAAAGUGAAACUAAGAAAUCCGAAGAGAAGGAUGUUAAGGCCGCAGCUACAAAUGCAGAAGUAUCUGAGGUUAAGGCUGAUAAGGUGGAGGAAAAGAAACUUGAUGCGGAAGCCAAGAAGUUGGAUAAGAAGGAAGUCAAGGCAGAAAGUGUCAAGGCUGAGGUGUCGGAAAUUAAGGCUGAGCAGAAAGAAGAAAAUAAAUUGGAUUCGAAGGCCAAGAAGUUGGAGAAGCAGGAAGUCAAGACAGAAAGUGCCAAGGCUGAGGUGUCAGAGGUCAAACCGGAAAAGGUGGAAGAACAGAAAUUGGACGCAGAAGCCAAGAAGGCAGAAAAGAAGGAGGUUAAGACAGAAGCGGCAAAGGCUGAAGUUUCGGAGGUCAAACCUGAAAAGCUGGAAGAAAAGAAAUUGGACACAGAAGCCAAGAAGGCAGAAAAGAAGGAGGUCAAGAGAGAAGCUGCAAAGGCUGAGGUUUCAGAGGUCAAACCUGAAAAGCUGGAAGAAAAGAAACUGGACACAGAAGCCAAGAAGGCAGAAAAGAAGGAGAUCAAGACCGAAGCUACUAAACCUGAGGUCUCCGAAGUCAAGUCUGAAAAGGUGGAGGAAAAGAAAAUGGACACAGAUGCCAAGAAGGUGGAAAAGAAGGAAGUCAAGACCGAAUCCACCAAACCUGAGGUCUCCGAAGUCAAAGCCGAGCAGAAAGAAGAAAAGAAACUGGAAACCGAAACCAAAAAAUUGGAAGAGAAGCAGGUCAAACCAGAACCUUCCAAGGCUGAGGUGGCCCACAUUAAGUCUCCACUGGAAAUUUCUGUUGAUGUUACCUUGCAGAAAGCCUCAGAUGUCGCUGAUAGUCAAGACCUCAACCAAACCCUCAAGGAUGUACUGCAGUCUCAUACCGAUGGACAGAAACGUCAAUGCAUUUAUAAACUAAUAGAACUCGCCAAGCGAUCCUAUGGAACGACAAAUCUUACUCCGGAAAUUGAUGAUGUUAUCGAUUGCCUGCUGAACGAUAAUCAGGAACUGAUCGAAACCAUCAACACGGAGUAUGCCAAGAAUAUUGACAGUAUUAUUAAAUCAUUGAAACUGAAGCUGGACAAUGUGACCGACAACUAUUGGGAAAGCAAAUUGGACGGCUUACAUUCCAAACUCUCGAGCAUUCAAAAGGUGGUCAAUGCCCUGAAAUGGGACAAGGAUAUGCCCAAGUCAUCGCUGAACAUGGUCGAACUGCAGAAGAGCCUCAUGGAAAUGUUUGUUAUGUUUGACGAUAUGUUGGACACAAAAUAUCCUCAAAUACAACCGCAUUUGGAAAAGGUCAAAUCGUUGGCUCUGAGUCAAUACGAUUCCAUUGAUAAGGCUCAGAGGAACGUUCGUUCCUUGAAUGUCUACGAAGAUGCUCUGACACUGUGUCAGUCCAUUGAAAGUGUUAUAAAGAAGGUCUCAGAAAUAUCAGCCGAGAAGUUGGAAGAAAAGGUACUGGAAGUGGAGAGCAAGAAACCCAAGGAAGAGGAGGUGAAAACUACUGAUGCUUCUAAGGCCAAGGUAUCUGAAAUUAAGGCUGAAAAGGCAGAAGAAAAGGAAGCAGAAUCCAAGUCCAAAAAGGUGGAAGAGAAAUAUGUCAAACGAAGAGCCUCCAAGGCUGAAAUUUCUGAAGUCAGGGCGGAGAAAUUGGAAGAGAAGAAGGCGGAAACUGAAUUCCAGAAAGUCGAAAAGAAGGAUAUUAAACGUAAGUCCUCCAAGGCAGAGAUUUCUGAGGUCAAGGCGGAGAAAUUGGAAGAAAAGAAAAUCGAAACGGAAGCCAAGAAACAAGAAGAGAAGGUUCUUAAGAAGGAAGCUUCUAAAUCAGAAGUAUCUGAGGUUAAGGCCGAGAAAAUUGAGGAAGGCAAAGUGGAAGCUGAGACCAAAAAACCAGAGAAAAAGGACGAAAAACGCAAGUCCUCCAAGGCCGAAAUUUCGGAAGUCAAGCCUGAGAAAUCGGAAGAAAAGAAAUUGGAAACGGAAGCCAAGAAAAAAGAAGAAAAGGACAUCAAAGCGGAAGCUUCUAAAGCAGAGGUAUCAGAAGUCAAGGCCGAGAAAAUCGAGGAAGGCAAAGUGGAAACAGAGGCCAAGAAGCCAGAGAAGAAGGACGUUAAACGCAAAUCUUCAAAGCCUGAAAUCUCCGAGGUCAAGGCUGAAAAAUUGGAAGACAAGAAAAUCGAAACUGAAGCCAAGAAACAAGAAGAGAAGGACCUUAAAAAGGAAGCUUCUAAGUCUGAAGUAUCUGAGGUUAAGACCGAGAAAAUCGAGGAAGGCAAAGUGGAAGCUGAGCCUAAGAAGCCAGAGAAGAAGGACGAAAAACGCAAGUCCUCCAAGGCCGAAAUUUCGGAAGUCAAGCCUGAGAAAUUGGAAGAAAAGAAAAUGGAAACGGAAGCCAAGAUACAAGAAGAGAAGGAUAUUAAGAAGGAAGCUUCUAAAUCAGAAGUAUCUGAGGUCAAAGCAGAGAAAAUCGAGGAAGGCAAGAAACCCGAAAAGAAGGAUUCUAAACGUAAAUCUUCCAAGGCGGAGGUUUCAGAGAAGGUUGAAGAAAAGAAAUUGGACAAAGAUACCAAAAAGGACGAAGAAAAAGAGAAAGUUGAAGAAAAGAAACCUGAAGUUGAAACAAAGAAACCCGAAGAGAAAACUGAAGUUAUGGCUGAAAAGAGAGCAGAAACCGAAAUCAAGAAGCCAGAAGCAAAGGAAAUUGAAAAGCCUGAGGUUAAAGCCCAAAAGGUCGAAGAGAAAAAGGCUGAUGAAGCCAAGAAAGAGGAUGACAAAAAGGAAGAAGUUAAGAAGGACGUUAAGCGCAAGCCUUCCAAGACUGAUGACACAGAAGAGAGGGCCAAGGAAAUGGAAGCAGAGAAGCCAUCUCCAAAGGUUGAGGAAGCCGAAGAAAAACCAACAAAGAAAUCUGAAGACAAGAAGGAGACUAAACGCAAGUCCCCCAAAACCAAACCUGAAAAGACCGAAGAGAAAGCAACUGAAUUGGAAAGUAAGAAGGACGAAGAAAAAGAAAAGCCAUCGCCAAAGAUGAAACCCAAAGAAGAAGAAAAGUUGCCCAAGGAAGCCCCUACAAAGACUGCCAUAGCCCAGGAAGAACAAAUCGAAGAUAAAAACGCCACCCUCACUAGACGCCCACGUAAAGCCGUUGCCGAGCCGCCUACCGAAGAUUCCGCUGAAACCAAACCCAAAGAACCAGAGGAACUGUCCAAGGAAGCCCCAAGAAAUACUGCCACCGCCAAGGAAGAACAAAUCGAAGAUAAAAACGCCACCCUCACAAGACGCCCACGCACAGCCGUUGCCGAACCGGCAACCGAAGACUCCACCGAAACCAAACCCAAGAAACUCAACGAAUACAUCGAUCUCAAAGAGCAGCGCAGCGCCAAACGAAUGCCCUCGGUCGACAUCAAGCUGACGAAUCGCAACACCUCCGUCGGCAGUGACAUCAAAUUGACCUGCAGCAUUUCCGGCAAUGACCUUGAAAUACGCUGGUACAAAGACAAACAACCCAUCGAUGCGGAGCGGAAUGCCUCCAAAUACCGCAUCACUCAAAAUGACGGACUUUCGUGUUUGGAAAUCAAAUCGGCCGAUCAACAAGAUGCAGCCGUCUACAGAUGUGUGGCCGCAAAUCGGAACGGUGAGGUGGAAACUAGCUGCCUCGUGACACUGUACGAUGUGCCCAGCAACAAAUUUGGCACCCCGCCCAUUUUCACCCGUAAUAUCAGAGAAUAUUAUCACUUGCGUGACGAUGAGUUGACUAUUGAGGUGCACAUCCAUGGUGUACCACGUCCCGUGGUCACCUGGUGGCGUGGCAUGUUUGAAAUCAAACCCAAUGUUAAGUUUACAAAACUUGAGGAGGCCCAUGGUGUCUAUAAGCUGUUGAUCUACAAGCCGAACAAUCGCGACAGCGGUGCCUAUCUCUGCAAGGCCAUCAACUCGAGUGGUGAAGCCCAGAUUACCCAUUCCAUUGAGGUGGGUAAGAAUUUGCAUUACCACAUUCCCGGCAUUUUCCAUGCCCGUGGUCGCUUGAGCAAGGUGAAGGAAGAGGAGGCACGCAAGGCCAUGGAAGAGGCCAUGAAAUCGAAGGGUGACUCGGAUCGUCGCAGGGCUGAGGCUGCCGCCGAGGCCAGAUCCAGGGCGCCACGUGCCUCACCCGAACCCAUUGUGGCGGCCAAACAAAAACUACAAUUCGCCACCCAGCUGAGAGAUCGCAUGGCCCUCGAGGGUACCAAUGUACGUUUCGUCUGCACCGUCAUUGGUCCUUCGCCCAACUGCCGCUGGAUGAAGGAUGACGAGUGGGUGAAGUACAGUGAAAAUGUCAAGAACCUAAGCGAGGAAGGCAAGGCCAUUAUUGAGCUGUUGAAUGUGACCAGCGAAUCUUCGGGUGUCUACAAAUGCAUUGCCCGCAACGAUUUCAGUGAAAUCGAAACCUCCUGUUACUUCAAGGUGUACUCGGCCAAGACGGAUGGCGAUGAGCAUGAACCCAUUUUUGCAUUGCCACUUAGAGAUGUCUAUCACUCUUCGCAAAACGAUCUGAUUCUCGACACCAAAAUACGUGGCAACCCCCGUCCGGUCAUUACAUGGACCAAAGACCAAUUACCCGUUGUACUUGACGAUCGCGUCGUGCAGAUCGAACAUUUGGACGGCAUUUGCGAGCUAAUCAUUAACAAGCCCACACCGGCCGACAGUGGUAAAUACACCUGCGUUGCAACCAACAAAUUGGGCUCGCAGCAAACCUCACACAGUGUCGUUGUCGAUAUCCAGCACAGUUCCAGACGUUCGAGUGUCUUGUCCGGCGCCAUGAGUGAAGCCGACAGCCAGGGUGGCAAGAAAGAGCGGCCUCAACGUUUGCCGAAAUCGAGCAAAGAUGAGGAGGGCGGCAACUACGAGAGACGCAGCCGCAUGCCCGAACCACCACCAAGAUCGAUGUUGUAUUUCGAUGCCAACAUCUCGAAUCGUUAUGUGGCGGUGGGCUCCAAGGUAAAGCUCCAGGCUGUGGUGAAUGGACCGAAUCCAACCUGCAAAUGGACCAAGGAUGAUCAAAAUGUCCAGUAUGGACCACGUAUUCGUAACAUGAAUCGUGAUAGCUUGGCCUCGUUGGAAUUCUUGAAUUGUCAGCCGGAAGAUUCGGGCACCUAUACAUUGACGGCACAAAAUGAAUACUGCAAAAUUACACAAUCGGCGAAAUUAUAUGUCUAUUCGCCUACGACGGGAACGGAAACGGAACCGGUAUUUGUACGUCCCGUUAAAGAAACCUAUCACUUGAAUACAAAUGAAUUGAUUUUGGAAACUGGUGUUCGCGGUGAACCCACACCCAAAAUUCAAUGGCUCAAGGAUAACAUCGACAUUGAGGAGGGUGGUCGCAUCCAUAAGUUCCAUCAUGCCGAUGGCACCUUGGAAUUGGUUAUUGAUAGUCCCAAUGUCAAGGACAAGGGUAAAUAUAUAAUUCGUGCCGAGAAUAAUGCUGGCAAGGCUGAGAUUACCCAUUUGGUGGCGUUCGAGGGUAAGGAACAUCACAUUGCCGAUAACAUUCAUGGUGUGUUCCAUGCCGACAAGAGUCUGCUGAAGCCAAAGCAAGUGGAGGAGGAGAAACCCAAAGCAGCUCCAGGACCGGCUGCCGAAAGUGACAGUGAAACCGAUAGCAAGGGCAAGAAGCGAGUACGCAAACCACGCAAGGAAGAUGAAUCGGAGGCAGAGGCUGCCUCAGCUUCAAUUUAUGUUUCGGAUGCCGCCUCGGAAACGGGUUCGUUGAAGAAACGUGAAAAGGUCAUUGGCAUCUAUUUCCCCACCAACAUGAAGGAUCGUGUGGUAGCCGAGGGUUCAAAGGUGAAGAUUUCUUGCUUCCUCGAAUCGAAGGAACCCCAGGUCAAGUGGUUCAAGAAUGGUGAACCUUUGCAGAACUCACCCAAGUGCCGUGGCCGUUACAAUGAGGGUUUGUGUAUUUUGGAAAUCCCAUCGGCCAGCUUGGACGAUGCUGGUGAAUACAAAUGUUGGGCCCGUGAUGAGACCGGUGAGGCUUCAACCUUCUGUCGCCUGGAGGUGUACUCUGACCCCGGCUCGGGUGAUACACCACCCACAUUUACCCGCAACAUUAAGGAUACCUAUCACGGCAAGCUACACGAACUGCAGCUGGAUGUCCAUGUACGUGGCUUGCCCACACCCACCAUUACCUGGGUUAAGGAUGGUGUGGUCAUAGAACCCAACGAUAAGUAUCAGACCACAGAACAUGAGGAUGGUACAUGUGAACUGUUCAUCAUGGACCCCACCCCGGCCGAUAGUGGUAAAUAUGUUUGCCAAGCUGAGAAUCGCGAGGGCACAGCUGAAAUUACACACAUGGUCACCGUGAAGCCCAAGGUGCGCAGACCCGUAUCGCCCGGUCGUGAUAGGCCUCCCGUCAAGCCACAGGGUGAUGAAACCGAGGAGGAAAAAGCCGAGCGUAAGAAGAAACGCGACGAGGAUGAGGAGAGCAGUGGUGGUGGUCGCAGACAUGGUGCCGCACCACCACCAGAUCUCAAGAAAUUCUUGUACUUUAGAAACUUCCUUUCAAAUCGUACCGUCAAGGCCGGCACCAAUGUCAAAUGGAUGGUGGCCAUUGAUGGUCCCGACCCAACGGCCCGUUGGUUCCAUGGUGAUCAGCCUAUUGUCUUUGGACCCAAGAGUAAAUUGUCAAUGCAAGAUGGCAUAGCCUGGUUGAACUUGAUCGAUGUCACCGAGGAACAGAGCGGUACCUACACCUUGAAGGUAAAGGGUUCGGAGAACGAGAUUGUCUCGUCGUGCAAUUUGUUUGUCUAUUCGACGGGCAAGGAAGAGGUAAUUGCACCCGUUUUUACCAAGGGCAUUAAAGACACUUAUUCUCUGGCAGAAAAUGAGUUAGUUUUGGAUUGCCGUGUACGUGGCAAACCACGUCCCGAAGUGCAAUGGCUUAAGGGCACCGAAAUUUUGAUACCCGGCGAAAAGUAUACCCAAAUCGAUUCCGAUGAUGGUUACUCCAAAUUGAUCAUACACAAUCCGACGGAGAAGGAUGCCGGUCUCUAUGGUUGCAUUGGCCGCAAUGAAGCUGCCGAAACAAAGAUCACUCACCAGGUCGACUUUAGAGGACGUGAAAAGUUCGCCUUGGAACAGACAUUAGGUUUCUAUCAUCGUGACCCGAACAAGCCACAUUUGGUUGCUCCGUUGGGUAAUCAAGUUGUUUGCGGUGGUGGCACCAUUGCUAUCAGUGCUGAGUUUAUGCAAACAGCAACACCCAUUGAGGUACAGUGGUUCCGUCAACGUCAACCGUUGGCCGGUCAACCGGGUGUUAAGACAUUCUAUGAACGUGGCGUCUAUACAUUGGCCAUCAUGAAUGCCGGUCCCGAACAUGAGGGUAGCUACACGUGCCGAGCUCAGAAUGCUUUCGGACGCAUUGAAUCACAUGCCACAGUGGAUGUGGCCAUCGGAGUGGAGAAGGCCGAGAGGCCACCGUUGUUCUUGUCGAGACCGGAAACCGAAAUGAAAAUUGCUGUCGGUGAUCCCUUCUCGAUUUCAUUCAGAAUUGCCGGAGAUCCGAAACCAAAGUUGACCUUCAUGAAGGGCACCAAAGACAUCACCAAAUCCGAUCGUGUCAGCAAAGAAGUCUCCGAUGAUUAUACCCGAUUCACCGUACAAAAGUCACAGAUUUCCGAUUCGGGCACCUAUUUCGUUGUGGCCCGCAACAACAAUGGCACUGACAGAAUAUUUGUAACAGUUGAUGUCAUGCCUAGAGCCCGUUCUGAAACGCCAUCAGCACCACGCUGGGGCCUGCCAUUGGAGAGUUAUCCCGAUGUUUCAUAUUUCAAAGAUCCACCGGCUGCCAUUACCACUGAACCCCUGCUGGUCGAUUCCGGUCCCACACACAUUUCUUUGUCCUGGGGCAAGCCACCCUAUUACAACAACUCUGCUCCUGUCAUUGCCUACAAAGUUGAGGCCUGGAUCGUGGGCCAUGAGGGUGGUGCCAUCUGGAAGGAGCUGGGUCUGACACCCAUCAACUCCUUCGAUGCCUUCAACCUCAAACCCAAUGUGGAAUAUCAUUUCCGUGUCACUCCCAAAAAUCGUUAUGGCUGGGGUCCUUCGGUUCAGACCACCAAACCUCUGCAGGUGGGUGGUGUUGAAUGCCUACCCGAAUUCACCAUGAUCCUGCCAGGCCAGGUUAAGGCAUUGCUGCACAAGGAAUUCGUUUUGGAAUGUGUGGUACGUGGCAGUCCCCGUCCUGAUAUUGUCUGGUACAAGGAUGGCCUGCGAAUCGGCAAUAACAUGGACAAUGAACGCCUAAAGACCCGGAAAAUUGGUUCCACCUGUACGCUGACCAUAAAACAGGUUCUUGAAUCCGAUGCUGGUCGCUACACCUGUGAAGCCACCAAUUCCAAGGGUAGGGUGUCCACCUUUGCCCGCCUGCAAGUCGUCUCCGAUGAAAGACUUUUCGAGGCCGAUCAUCGUCUCAAGGAAAUUGUGCGCAGUGACAACAUUUCCUCCAAAGGAGAUUCUUUGCCCAUCUUUACCAUGCGCCUGCGCGAUCGUCGUGUCCAAGUCACCUACCCAGUGCGCCUCACCUGCCAGGUGGUGGGUUAUCCUCAACCUGAAAUAUCCUGGUACAAAGAUGAUCAACUCAUCGAGUCCAGUCGCCAGAGCAUAAUUUCCCAGGACAAUCAAUUCUAUACCCUGGAAUUGGCCAGUACCACGUUGAAUGACAGUGGCAUUUACACCUGCACCGCCAAAAAUGAAUUGGGCUCGGUGUCGUGCCACUGCUCCCUGGUUGUAGACAAAGGCAUACGUGCCUACAUCACCCCCGAAUUCUAUAUGCCCUUGGAUCCCCUCUACAUUGUCCAGGAGGGUCAGGAAAUACGUCUCACCGCCAAGGUGGAAGCCUAUCCGGCUGUUGGUGUCUCAUGGCAUCGUAAUGGUGUUAAACUCCGACCCAGCCGUCGUCUGCUGGCCACAUUGGACUCGACAGGUUUUGUUGAGUUAAUCAUUUCCGAUGCCAAGCUCCAUGAUUCCGGUGUCUAUACCUGUGUUGCCUCGAAUGCUGUCGGAAAGGCUGAGACAAUGUGCCGUGUUGCCAUUGAGCCACUGGAAGACCUAGAUGCUGGACGUGAUUCACAAUCGGUGGUACGCACCAUACCCACAAUAAGAGCAGCGGAUGAUUUGCCCUACUCCAAGGAGCCAUUGUUUGUUGUCAAACCCCGUUCCAGUGAGGCAUAUGAGGGCGAUACCGUCAUUAUCUUCUGUGAAGUUGUUGGUGAUCCUAAACCCGAAGUUGUGUGGUUAAGAGAUUUCUUAAAGCCUGAAUAUUAUAAAGACGCUCCACAUUUCCGACGCAUUGGUGAAGGCCCUGAAUAUCGUUUGGAAAUACCAUAUGCCAAAUUGGAUUUUACCGGCACUUAUUCUGUUAUUGCCAGCAAUUGUCAUGGCGAAACAAAGGCUGUAAUUUCAUUGCAAAUAUUUGCCAAAGACAUACUCAAUCAAAAACAAAUGGAGAAGGGAUCAAUACGACAUGGAAACGUUGAAACUUUGCCACGCUUUAUACGCUCCCUGAGAAAUCUUCGCUGCUGUGAUGGUGAUGCCAUAACUCUGGAAGCCCAUGUGGAAGGUUUGCCCGAACCAAUUAUCAUAUGGGAAAAGGAUGGACGUGUACUGCCCAGUGGCAAGGAUUAUGAUAUGACUUAUGAUGGCAUUAAGGCCACGCUGCGUAUACCGCGCAUCUAUCCCGAGGAUGAGGGUGAAUAUACCUGUGUGGCAAAGAACAACAUUGGCAGGAAUCUGUCAUCGGCCUGCAUAAUUGUUGAUGUGCCCGAGGAAAAGGAGAAUAUGGUCAACCGCCAAUUGUCACGUCCGGCUGCCUUGCUCUCCACUUCUUCGACACCAUUGUCUACGCCACGCUCCACACCUGUGCGCAGUUUUUCGCCUUCACGACGUUUGUCGUAUCGUAGUUCGGGUAUUGAAAUAAACGACAGUCGCCGUAGUUAUCAUGAGUUGCAUUUGCCCAUAUCUGCACCGAAAUUCUUGGCCAUUCCAAACAGUCGAGUGGUCGAAGAGGGUGACAGUGUACGCUUCCAGUGUGCCAUUGGUGGCCAUCCAACGCCAUGGGCCACCUGGGAUAAGGAUGGUUUAAUUGUAACACCCACGGGACGCAUAAGAGUCAAAGAGGUGGAUGAUUUGCGUUACUUGGAAAUAGAAGAUGUCAGCUUUGACGAUGCUGGCCUUUAUCGUGUGACCUUGGAAAAUGAUUAUGGUCGCAUUGAGGCCACGGCCCGUUUGGAUGUUAUACGCAGUUCACGUUAUUCCAAAUCCCCUUCGGGUAGAAGUAUAAGAGCCUCAUCCUCACGACGCAAUGCCUAUUUGCAUAGACGCAUAAUGGGUCCCUCAACGGCCAUUGGAGGCCGCAUGGCCCUGGCUGCAGGCUUUAGAGGCUCCUCCGUACCUUCGUGUAAAUUCUAUCACAAUGGCCAGGAAUUGGUGGCCAACGAAAGGAUACACAUGCAACUUUUGGAAAAUGAGGGCGAGGUAUUCCUGGUCAUCGAUUCGGUUACCAAGGAGGAUGAGGGCAUUUAUUGUUGUGUUAUUGAGGGUGAGGACCAUGAACCGAUUGUAACCUCAACUGUGGUUGAAUUUCUGCCAAGUGAAACCAAUGGCGACAUCGAUGACGGCAGUUGUGGUGACAUACGCACCAGCGCCAGCAUUGAAACCAUUUGUAAAAUCGUUAAACCACUGCCAGAUGCGGUGGACUGCAGCGAAGGUGAAAUCAUUGAUUUGUGCUUUGAAUUGGAAUGCAACCAGCCCUACAGCUACACAUGGAGCCGCAACGGUGAACUCAUCAAAGACUCUGAAGAUGUCAAUUACAUUGAUCAUGGGAACGGUUUAUUGUGUUUACGUCUGUUCGAUGCCUUCGAUUUGGACUCCGGCCUCUAUACCUGCCACAUUACCAGUCAAGAUGGUGUUCAGUGCUCCACAUCGACCAGCCUGAACAUUGAACGCCGCGGAGAGCAGUCAUCGAUGGCCGAGAUCGACAGCCUGACCAUACUCAAGUCACCUUUACCUGUUCUAGUAACCGACACAACAACGCGAGCAACAUUUUGUGCUCGUGUCUAUCCCAGCGAUGCCCGCGUUACAUGGUAUGUGUGCGGUCAGCCGGUCAAUGAAAACCCCAAUGAUGAUGAUGGCGAUGAUUCAUGCCAAUUUACGUUGGAAUCAUCAUCCGCCGAUGGUCUACGCAUUUUGAAUAUAAAUAAUGUUACCUUGGCCCACAGUGGUGAAGUUCAACUGGUCGUAACACAUCCCGGCAAGCCGUAUUCGAGUGAAAAAGCUUAUACCACUUUAGCGGUGAUACCCAACAGCAACAACAAUAAAACACCCGCAACAACAACAACACCACCAACGAAAAUACAUAUAAAUAACAACGACACCAUUGUUGAUGCAAGGGAACAACAAUUGUUUGAUCUUGAACCCAUCGAUGAUCAGCAACAUCUUGAAGAGACUACAACGACGGAUGCCGCUAAAGAUCAUCAACGUCAACUCCAACAGCCAGCUUGUAUUUUAGAAGGUCCACAAGACUGUACGGCACUAAUUGGUGGUUGUGUUCGUCUGUCUGUCAUCUAUGAAGGAUUGCCUAAACCGCAAAUUGUUUGGUAUAAGGCGAGUCGCCGCAUUGUGGAAACAUCAAAUACAAUUAUCAAUACAUCUUCCCGCAAGUCGGUAUUACAGAUCUCCGACAUCGAUACCGAUGACAGUGGCAAAUAUUCGGUAGAAGUAAUGAAUGAAUUUGGCGCCGACAUAGCAUCGGCCUCCGUGGCCGUUGAGGGACCACCAGAGCCACCAAGUGGCAAACCAAGCAUUUCACAAGGACCCGAUCGUGUGGCCAUAGCAUGGUGUGGUCCGCCAUAUGAUGGUGGCUGUAUGAUAACAGGAUUUAUCAUUGAACGCCAACAAUUGGACCCCAAUGCCUCCCCCCUAGAAGAACAACAAAACGAAUCCGAGUGGUUGGAAAUAGCCAGUGUUGUGGAUUCUUUGGCCUACACCGUAAAGAAUUUAAAACCUCUAUUUACAUAUAGAUUUCGGGUAAGGGCUGAAAACAUACAUGGACGCAGUGAGCCAGGCUUGCCCAGCGAUCCAGUACACAUUGCGGAAGAGACAGAUGAAGACUCCACAGAAGACUUCCAAAGGCCAAUAUCCAUUAAAUCUGGCGGUGAUUUUAAGGAUCGUUUCCAAAUUCUCGAAGAAUUGGGAAAGGGUCGUUUCGGUGUCGUCUACAAGGUCCAAGAAAAAGAAGAUUCCAAACGUAUUUUGGCUGCUAAAAUGAUUAAAUGCAUCAAAUCGAAAGAUCGCAUUAAGGUCCAGGAAGAGAUAUCCAUUAUGAAAUCAUUGAAACAUCCCAAAUUGCUGCAAUUGGCUGCCUCGUUUGAAAGUCCGCGGGAAAUUGUAAUGGUCAUGGAAUACAUUACUGGCGGCGAAUUAUUCGAACGGGUGGUUGCCGAUGAUUUUACCCUAACCGAACGUGAUUGCAUUCUGUUUGUGCGCCAGGUGUGUGAGGGUGUUGCCUACAUGCACAGCCAAUCCAUUGUGCAUUUAGAUUUGAAACCGGAAAAUAUCAUGUGUAAGACCCGAACAUGUCAUCAAAUCAAAAUCAUUGAUUUCGGUUUGGCCCAACGUCUGAAUACUGGAUCUCCGGUGAGGGUUCUUUUCGGUACACCUGAGUUUAUAUCUCCCGAAAUUAUUAGCUAUGAACCGAUUGGUUUUCAAUCCGACAUGUGGAGUGUGGGUGUGAUAUGUUAUGUGCUUUUAUCCGGUUUAUCGCCCUUUAUGGGUGACACCGAUGUGGAAACCUUUUCCAACAUCACCCGGGCCGAAUACGAUUUCGAUGAUGAGGCCUUUGAUUGUGUCUCCCAACUGGCCAAGGAUUUCAUUUCGAAUUUGUUGAUCCAUCGCAAAGAAGAUCGCUGGACAGCGGAACAAUGCCUAGAAUCGCCCUGGCUGAAACAGGGUCAUUACGAUGAAAAUCUGGGCAACAAGAAAAUCUGCACAGACAAACUUAAGAAGUUCAUAAUACGCCGCAAAUGGCAAAAAACUGGCAAUGCUAUCAGAGCUUUAGGUCGCAUGGCUACCUUAUCGGCUUCUAGACGCAAUUCAGCUGUGUCAACCACAACCAGCAGUGCAGCUGGUGGUGGUGCUGGUGGUAGUAUACCCAACAGUCCACGACCUUCCAUUUCGGGUAUGUCGUCCUCCAUGUUCAAUGCCAAUGCCCCGGCAGUGCCCAUGGGUUCUCUGCAUGAAGAAGAUGAUGAUUUCAGCAUUGAAUUGCCCGCAGUUGUCCAUCAGGAUAUACCGCGACGCAGUCCAAAAGUAGUGACGAAAUCUCAGUGCAGUGAGCGCAGCGAUUCGGGCUACAGUGAAUGUUCGAAUUGUAGUGCCUCAGGUUCGUUGCAGUGUCAAUGUGCCAACAAGGACAGUGUUGAUCAUGCCACAGCCAGUGAUUUAUUACAAGAUCUCUCCAUAUCAGUACCCCAUGAUUUGUUGAAACUGAAACUUGAAGAAAUAGCCCAUCAGGCCGACCACAAUAUUGAGGAGGUAAAACUGGAGCUGGUGGUACCGACCACGGAAAAACUACCCCAGCUGGAUGCCAAUCAAAAUGAAUUGAAAUCCCUGGAAAUGCCCGACAAAGAACCCCCACACACCAUAACCGUCAUUGAAGAUGUUGAAGUACUUAACUCCUCUCCUGGGGGACCCAUUAUAAUGCGUUCCGAUUUCACCAAUACCAUACAAAUGCGUAAGAAAUCCCUAGAGAAUAGUUUACUUAAGGAGAAGCCCAAACCCACCAGUAAAUCACCGCUCUACGAGAAAUCCGGUAAGGUCAAUAUGUUGAGGAACAAAUUCUCUUGCAUGGAACAACAAGUGAGUAGUGGCCAGCAAAGUGCAGCUGUUAAGAGUAAGGAUUGCAUGGAUGUUUUAAAGCUUAAACGCAAAGUUAUAAACGAGGCUUGUCUUAAACAAACAAUCUCAGCCAGCCAUCCAACAUCCUCAGCCUCCUCAACACACUCAACUUCAUUGCCCAGCUCACCGAUACCACAACGCAAGACGUACCCGUUUACUACGUUCCGGCUAAGCGAACGUGUACGCGAGGUAACCGACCGCUUGGCCCAACAACAAACUGUCUGCACCGAGGCUAGACGAACACAAAUCUUAAAUCGAAAUAAAUAAUCAAAAGAAAAAAAAAAGAAGUUAAAAAUAAUAACACCCUGAAAGUAUCGAUAUAAUAAUGUAUUUCUUUUUCUACCAGUUUUUAAUCAUUUUUAUUUUGUUGUGUUUUAAUUUUUAAUCAUUUUUUUUAUAUAAAUAUAAAACCAUACAUUUGUAGUUUAAAAUUAAGAAGAAGAAGAAAAAAGAAAAAACAAACAUUACAAAAAUUAAUUUAAUAAGUAUUUUUGUUGCAAAUUGGCUUUGUUCGUUAUAAUUUUAGUUGUAUGUUUCUUUUUUUUAAUUUUAUUUUAAUAUUUUAUUAUUAUUAAAUUUAAAAAAUUAUGUCUUGUUACACACGCCCCCAAAACUUUAUCCCCCCCAUCCAUGCCCAUUAAAAAUGUGAAUGAAAAACAAUAAAAACUCGAAUAUAAUUUAAAAAACAAAACUUAUAUACUAAAUCAAGA